AUGCCACUUUAUAUAAAUUAUUUUCGUUUGGGUUUUGUUUGGCCUCAAAAACCAAUCAUAUGUUUUAUUUGGUGGUAUAUUAAUUAUGCUAUCUAUGGAACAAUUGUUAUAUUCCUAGCUUGGACAUCUUUUGAAAGACAUCUUCUUGUUUUUCAUCAUCAAUUGUUUACUACUCAACAAAAGCAAUGGUUAUUUCAUUAUUUUCCUAUGAUAUUUUUUACAUUAUAUCCAAUCAUAUUCUAUCUUCUCGUACUUUUAAUACCAUCUUGUAAUGAUAAAUAUUUAUUUGAUUAUACAGAAGAUAUAUGUCAUUAUUAUCCUUGUUAUUAUUAUACGAAAAUUCUAAAUUUAUAUGAUAUAUUAAUCAAUGGUAUUGUACCCUGUUUAUUAAUUGGUUUAUUCAGUAUAAUUUUACUUCUUCGGAUUAUAUGGGAAAAACGAGUUCGUCUUGGUCGACCAAUUCAAUGGAGAAAAUAUCGUAAAAUGACAAUACAAUUAUUAUUAAUUUCAUUAAUUUUUGUUUUAUUUAAUUUUCCAUUAUUAAUUUAUUAUCUAAUGAUUAUAUGUGGAAAUUUUUCAUUAAAUAUUAAUCCUCAAAUUGUACGAUAUUUUCUAUUUUUAGAAAGUUUUACUGUUUUAUUUCUACCAUUUGUAAUACUUUUUUCAUUACCAAAACAAUAUUGGCGAAAAAAAUGGCGUAAGAAAAUAAUUAAUCUACGAAGACGAUAUCGAAAUCAAUCAUUUACUCAUAUAUCUAUAUAG